AUGGGAUACUCACUAACGACUCCGACGCCCAUCGUGAUCACCAACCUGAUACCAUGUUUGGGAUUCCCUCAACAAGUGAUUAAAAAGGCCUCGUCCAUCUCGACCCUCAAUCUCGACUUUGAACCGCUGUUCGAAGACGGUCGACUGCUCAUUGGAGACCAAGAAGAUUCCUAUCCGGCGGCGGAGUUUGUCAUACCGCGCUUCAGUCUCACAAGCAACAACUUUCUCGACGCCUCGUACCCGUGGAGAGAACCCAGUAGCGUGGUUGAGGUGAAACAGGAACGCGACCAUCUGAGCAACCUGCUGGCGCUGGGGACGGGAUACAGAGUUUACUACGGACACCGAAAGCGGUUCUACGUCUGCCACGACCGGUUUGGACGGUGCAUUCUGGUCCACAACAAAAACCUGCACUCAGCGUUCGAGUUCAAUCUCCACAAUCAGCAGAUUGUGCACGUGGCGAUUCUGCCGAGCACCACCGUGAUCCAUGUGUCAUCGGAAGAGGGCGUCAUUGAAGCGCUGAUCGUGGACCUGGCUAAAAAACGGCUCAUCAAAAUCCUCUCCUUCAUCUACUUCAACCCGGCCACCUGUGGAGUGUUCCAGUUUGGAGAAGUACUGUGGUUUUCGUUUGGAGGAGUGUCAAUUCGGGUGGAGGUCGACUGGAACACCAACCUCGAGUGUCUCCAUGGCAACGUGUUCCUGGGGAGGUGCUCUUGGUCCGUUGGCCCAUCUCUAGGGGUCUUUCCCAUGCAAGGUACAGGAGCCUGUCUCAAGUAUGUAGGAUGUAUCCAAGACCGGACCCGUGUCUUUGAUCUCGAGACCGAAACGAUGAUCGUCUACAAAAGAGAGGUCCACGAGCAGCACAUUCUGAGAGGUACUCGCAAUGGUCAAUUCGGUUUCUGGGUCGUCAAUGGGUCUGUUUCGCAGACACUUCAGAAACUGUGGUUGCACAACUCCAAGACGGGAAAGACUCCGGAUCAGUGGUUGUUGGAGGCGGGUUCAUAA